UGAAAAGCUGCUACCAGGACGACUGCGAAACCUUGUCGAGGCAAGGCGCCAUGAAAAUGCCUAACGCUCUUCGGCCCGCUCUUCGGCGCUUUUCCAGCAAUGCACAGCAUUUGGACCAGGAAAUCCACCAUAGAGCUGCGCUGCUGCGCGGAAGCGUGCCUUUGUACCAUCAAGGCCCAAGGCAUCCCAUUUCUCCGCCCAACUUGUCCUUGCGCUUCGAGGUGAGACGCCUUGAAACUGCAAGACACGACUGGGCCUUUAUUUGGACGCAUGGCCUAACCAGCUCUGUGGAAAGUGAGGAUGAAGGUGGGUGGCCCUUCAGCGGUGUCGCCCACUUGUCGGACUUGCUCCCUGUGGUGCGCUACGAUGCUCGGGGCCAUGGCCGCUCAGCCGAUGCCAUAGAGCCCACUUGGCCAGCGAUGGGGAGCGACUUGUGCAAGAUGCACGAGAAGAUGUUCCCUAAGGGCCGCAUCAUUCUGGGAGGCACUUCGAUGGGAGCUGCUGCAAGCUUGUAUGCUGCACUGGAGGCACCCGAAAAGGUGGAAGCCUUGGUUUUGGCCACGCCACCCACCGCAUGGGAGACGCGUAAGAAGUUUGUGCCACUCUACCAAGAAAGUCUCGCGCUGGCUGAAAAGCAGGGGCUUGAAGCUGCCAAAUCCGUGGCCGAGACGAAGGCACGGCCACCCAUCUUCUUGGAGACUGAGCGUGGCAGAGCCUCCUUCGACAUCGGUUGGCGCCAGAAGUUCUCCAUGGGACAACGCCGCUACUGUGCCGCCCUGCGGGGUGCCAUCGACUCGGACUUGCCCUCGCCCGAGGCGCUUCGCCGACUUAAUAUUCCGGUGCUGAUCUUGGCUUGGAAAUCUGAUGCGCAACAUCCGCUCGAAAGUGCUCUCAUGCUGCAAGAGAUCCUUCCACAGGCAGAGCUCUGUGUAGCAGACUCCUGGGAGGAGAUCGAGAGGUUUCCAGAGCAGAUCCGAGGCUUUUUGCUUAAUCUGCUCUGAGCAAGAAAAGACGGAAAAGAGC